AAUAUAAAGCAGGAUGAUAUAAAAUGGUGAGACCAAAUACAUUGUAAAAUAUGAGGACGGCUCUAUGGAGGAGUUAGUAUGCGGACCAUUCUAAAUUAAAAAAAUGAUAAGUAAGGAACUUACUGUGCCGUAUGAGAAUAUUGUGUUAAUAAAUACAGAUAAUUAUAGAAUGUAUUCAGCUUCUAAUAGCUAUAUUCAAUUUAAAACUCAUACCGUUCAUUUGAGUGUUAUGGACAUUAAUUAGAUUUUAAAAGAAAACUUGAAUUCCAAAAAGAAAAUUUUUGAGCUUUAGAAUAAUGAAGAGGAACUGCGUAAAGAAUUAGUUUAAUUACAGCAAUAAAAUUUAUAAAGCAAUAUACAAAUGAAGAAAUUGAAGGACAAUGAUUAAUCGAUUUUAAAGUAGAAUGACGCAAAUUUUCUAGAGUUGUAGAGGAUGGAUCAGUAAUACAAGGAGAAAUUGGUGACUCAAUAGGAGUUGUACGAAUAAAAGAUUACAUAAAUUAAUAAAAUUAAAGAGCAAUUAUAAUAAGAAAAUGAGAAUCUACAGAGAAAGAUAUAGGAGUUAAACUAGAUUACAUAGAAAUAAGAAAGACGCUUUUUAUAUGAGAAGUAGGCACUAUAACAGGAAGGGAAUAAUAAAGUAAAUUUCAAUCACUAAAUUUAUGAGGCUGAGAUAGAGAAACUUUAGGAAGAAAUAUAUAAUCUGUAAAAUUAAAUCUUUAAAAAAAAUCAUUUGAUAGAGUAACUAGAAAAUGAGAUUCAAGAAAAGUAAUCUAAUUACACGCUUAAAAUUGAUGAGUUGGAGAAUGAAUAUAGGAACUUGGAAGUUUUUUACAAGAGAAAAUUGUAAAUUUUAGAAUAAGGAAUAAACGAUAUCAACUAGAGUACCAAUUUAUCUAAUAAUAAUAUCAUGAUCAAAAAUUAUUGUAAUGAUGCUCUUCGGGAAUUAGAAUAAAUUAAGAAGGAUGUCGAUAUUUCUGAGAAAAAUCGUAAUUUAGAAUUGCAAACAAAAUUGAAAACUCAGAAUGAUGAAUUAUAAUAGAAGGUUGAAAAACUAUAAUAAUAAAUAAAGAGUAUUUAAAAUGAAUUAAUAAACACUUAAAGUGAUUUACAUUUUUAAUAAUAAAAGUAUUAAUUAGAAAUUGAUAAGUUGAAUGUUGAAUUAAGUAAAGCAAAGAAGGGAUUAGAUUAAAGAUAGGAUGAAAUUAAUUAAUAUUUAUUAGUUAUGGAUCAAUUAAAAUCUGAAACCAAAGAACUUAAUAAUGAUAAUGAAAAAUAAGAGCGUGAUAUCCAACAAUUACAAUAGACCAAAAUAAAAUUGUUAGCUAAUGUAGAAGAAUUGGAAGAAAAAUAUAGAUUACAACACAGUAAGCUUUUAUUAUCAGAAUAAACAGUAAUAACAAAAGUUGCUGAGAUUAAUGGGUUAGUAUCUGCUGUUGAGAAAUAGAAAUAGCUAUGUACUAGAAUGAACUAAAAGAUUCUUAAACUCACAGAGAUAUUGAAAUAAAUUAGUAAUAAAAAUUUAGGGAAAGGAUUAGAGAAGGUUGUUUCUCCAGUCGGAUAACUCAUAAAUUCACGAUAUGGACUUGUAAAAUUUAGGGACAAUCCAAAUUGCUAGAGUGAUGAAACUGAUUAUUUGGCUUACAGAAUUAAACCAUCCAAUAACUUUUUAUAAUCAAUAAAAAGAGGAUCAUUCGUUAAAUUGGAAUAGUUAUUAGAUGUAGAACUGAUGGGCGAGAUCAAAUCUAUUAGAAGUAUCCAGCCAAAUGAAGAGGGGGAUUUUAUGAAAAUUUAUAUUAUAAAAGUAGAGAAUACUUCAAUCAAUGAACUAAAGAAUCGAUAUUUAAUUAGAAAAGAUUUAUCAAAGGGUUAAGAUUACGAUAAUAAAAUGUGUGCUGCAGCACUUAGCUUGAAUAACAUAAUUACUUAAGUGUUCAUGGAUUAAUUUGUAAAAGAUUUGACUGAACUAUCAAUAAAACCAUUGAAUUUUUCUAUUGCUCCAUAGUAUGUACUUUAAUAAAAAGGUAAUUUAUUCUUAAUAAGUUAGGAAAGGAGUUAUACUUUUACGGUGAAGAGAUAAUAGAAUUUAAAAUCAAACAAAUAAAUGGAGGAGAGCAAAAACUUGGAACCAGUAAAGAAGAACAAUUUUUAAAUUCUUUUUGUAAAUACUCACACAUAUUGAGUCAAUAGGAAUUAUUUAUUACCUAUAUAAAUACUGUGAAGUAAUAUAUGUAUGAUAUGAUUGUGACAACUGAAUUUGGUUGUUUUUCUGAUAUUGAUUAGGGAAAGGAUGAAUAUAUUAGGGCGUUAGAUGCAAUAGAGUCUGCAAAUCCGGCUAAUUUUGGGGAGUUCUAUAAUUAAAAAUUGGAAUUGAAAGCUUUAGACUUUGUCUAAUGA